AUGGAUGAAGGGAGAAGAACACCGUUAUUGAAUCUUGGGGUUCAAGUGUCGAUGAGAGUGUUAGUCAUCGGCACUGCAUUGACGUCGAUGGGGCUCAUGAUCACUAACCACGAAGUCGCCUCGGUUUAUGGCAUUUCUUUUGACGCUAAAUACAGUUACUCGGCUGCCUUUAGGUAUUUGGUGUACGCAAAGAUAGCUAUAUCCGUCACGACAUUGGUUACGCUUGUAUGGGCUUGUUUAGCAGUUCGUAGAGCAGGACUUGUUUUUGUGCUCUUCUUCUUAGAUUUGCUUAUGACGUUGACGGCGAUGUCGGCUUUCUCGGCGUCCAUGACGGAGGGUAUGACCGGAAAGUACGGAAAUACACACGCCGGUUGGCUUCCGAUCUGCGGUUAUGUCCAUCGUUACUGCAAUCGUGUCACUCUCUCACUCGCUAUGUCAUUCGCCUCUUUUGUCCUCUUGUUCAUCCUUUUACUCUUAACUGUCUCCAAGGCCUUCGCUGCUCUUCGUCAUCAUUUCUGA